UCUACCGCGGUUUCUCUGCUCUGCAAGUCGCGGCGAUUCGCGCGAAGCCUCCGAAUCCGAGCCGCGAAAUUUUUAACACACGCCGGCCGGUAGUUUGUAUUGCGAGCGAUGUUUUUUUCCGAGGAAAAUUUCGAAAGUUUUUUGAUUUUCCCUUUCGACUGGUAGCCGGGAUUUGGGGGCAGAGUGACGGGGCGAAUCGAUGAUUUCUGACUUUUUCAGAUUUAUUUGCUGUCUUUCUGAUUGACAGUUGGGAGAAAUGUCAAGACGUCGGUGUACGUCAGCAAUAGCGCUCGGCGCAAUAGUGUUUUUGUGCGCAACCGUGAUAAUUGUGUGGGUGCAGUUUAGUCAGGGCGCAUUUGAUAAACGACGGCUUAGCGAUGAUGCUAAUAAUAGUACGGCCCUGCAUUUUGGGACGAUGAUGCAAGAAACCACCUCAAAAUCGAUCAAGCCCGUCAAAUUUCAAUCGGUUACAUUUGAGGCCGAUAUGAGUGAGGAGACGAAAGCCAAACCUACUCCACAUAAAAAGAAAGAAUUCAUUGAAGAUUCUCAUCUGGAUGAUCUUGGAGUUCAAGAGGCAGUUUUUGUAAAACCGCUGAAAAUCAACCCUGAUGAUGAAACUGUUCAAUAUGAUCAAAAUUCAACAGUAGUGAAACACCAUAGUGGACAUUUCAGGCAUAAAUCGGCGGAAAUUUGGGAUCCUCAUCCGAAAUAUCAGAUCGAAGCUUUUGGCAAAACAUUGAUGUUGGAGUUGGAGCACGAUGAUAAAUUUGUAGCUCCCGGACUACAUAUUGUGACACAUGGACAGGACAUUGCCCAUAGACGGCCUCAUGACCCGAAAGUUUCGGGUUGCUUCUAUACCGGGAAACUGCAAAACGACUCCAACUCUGCUAUCUCCGUGAAUCUUUGCCACGGCAUGACUGGUUACAUCAGAUCCUCUACGGCCAACUAUUACAUCGAACCCGCGGAGAAUUUCACCAGCGGAACUUUGGGUACCAUUCUACAUAGAAUCAAGAUUCUGCCGCACGCUUUGGAAGAUAGCAACGACAUACUGGCAUUCGAAGGAUCGCUUGAAGCGCAAGUUAAGACUGAAAAUGAUUCUUCAAAGAUUGUUGAUGAUGAUUUUCCCGCCGAGAUCGUUGAGCGACAUCACGUCAUUCGGAAGCGAUUCGUCUCCUUUGACGAUGAAGUCCUAUACGAUCCCAAACUGCACGAAGAUAUUCCGCAGGAGUAUUUGCGAAGGUCGAGGAACACGGACUGGAGCAGUGGAUAUACGAAACGGAGUAAUGAGUACUUUAUAAAAGUGCUGGUGGUUGCCGAUAGCACCAUGUUGGAGUACCAUAAGAGUCAUGAGGAACUCACCAAGUACAUACUGAUAUUAAUGUCUCACGUGUCUCUUUUAUUCAAGGAAGCUUCCAUUGGAAAUGCCAUUAAUGUUAGUGUGGUUCAUAUCGAGAUACUGGGUAGCCCGAUGCAUGAGUUUUCAAAUUCUCUUUCGCAAGACAUGCUGCGUCGUUUUUGCGAAUGGAAACAGCGAUUUAUUUUGAAUAACGCCCACGACGUAGCUCUUCUUUUAACAAGACGAACAAUUUGCAAAAAUCAAACAUCCUGCGCCACUCUGGGGGUCGCUGAAGUCGACUCCAUGUGUAGGCCUUCAGGAUGCACCAUCGUUAGAGACAAAGGUUUAUCCACAUCUUAUACAAUCGCACACGAAUUCGGACAUACAUUGAGUAUGGUGCAUGAUGACGACAAUAAGUGCACGCAUCAUAACUCCCGAACUCCCCACAGCAAUAAUAUUAUGAGCAGAACGACCAAGAAUGAUUCGAAGCCUUUUAUGUGGUCUCCCUGUUCCAGACAAUACGCUACUGAUUUUUUGGACUCCCCAAGAUCAAAGUGCUUGCUGUAUCCUCCAUCGAACAAUGAGAUUCUUGCCAACUAUACGCAAAUGUUGCCUGGAGAUACUUUUGAGGUGGACCGACAAUGCGAGCUGGAAUUCGGCCCUGGACACACGCGAUGCACGAUGGCUCUAGAUCCUCCCUGUGUACAUCUGUGGUGCAAAAAUUUGAAUGGAGGGUGCAUCAGUCAGUUUUCUCCGUGGGCUGAAGGGACUAAGUGUGGACAUCGCAGCUGGUGUUACAAAAGAGAAUGCAUUGCGGAAGAUCGAAGACAGUUUACUCCCAUUGAUGGCGGUUGGGGUUAUUGGCAACCCUGGGGUGAAUGCAGCAGAACGUGUGGGGGUGGAAUAAAAAAAUCUGUAAGAUACUGCGACUCACCGACUCCUGAAAAUGGGGGAAAUUACUGCACAGGAAAAAGCGUUCAAUAUAAAUCCUGCAACACAAACGAUUGCGAAGAAACUGCAAGGGACUUUAGGGAGAUCCAGUGCGCCCAAUAUAAUGGCAUCACGAAAGGUCUGCCCAAUUUAACGCAAGACGUUCAGUGGAUACCCAAGUAUGGAUUAGGGUCUCCGGGACGCGUGGAAGACUACUGCCGGCUCUACUGUAAGCCGCAUCAUUCGGCCGCUUAUUACGCUCUUAAAGACAAAGUUCUGGAUGGCACCAAGUGCGGCAAAUCUGGAUUCGAUAUUUGCGUCAAUGGAAUGUGUAGGCCGGGGGGGUGUGAUAAUUAUCUGGACUCAAAGAGUCAAUUCGAUGAAUGUGGUGUUUGUGGAGGCGAUAACAGCCAAUGUCGUGAAGUGGCCGGAACUUACAACAACACUGCGGAUCAAGUCAGUUACAACAUGGUGGUUCGGAUUCCCAAAGGCAGUUCGAAUGUUAAAGUUACUCAACACAGUUAUGGAAUCGACGAAAAUUUCCUGGCCCUUAGAGAUGGAGAAACUGGACAAUACAUUCUGAAUGGGAACCAAAUGCUGAUGACUCAAGAGGUGGAAGUGGAAUAUGGCCCGAUGAUUAUCAAGUACAGUGGCAGCAAUGCUAAAACUGAAUGGAUAUCGACGUUGAAAACGAAAAAACUGCACAAAGACCUGGUGGUGGAGGUUUUAUCAAUAAAGAACCUAUCGCCUCCGGACAUCACGUACCAUUACGUAAUCCGUAAAGAUGCCGCUCCUAGGUCGUCCAGGUACCACACGCUCGAAGAUCCCGAAAAAAGUUACGGUUGGCGGCUGUAUCAGAAGAACUGGUCGACUUGCUCUUCCAUCUGCGAGGGCAUCCAGUAUCGGAAGCCCACUUGCGUGAAGCUGAUUAAUGGACAUGUAGCUGAUAAAAGCUACUGCGCUCACAAUGACGUUGAAAGCGCUACAGAGAAACGCCAAUGCAACAAACACUGCAGCUUGACCUGGCACAUUGAGUCCAGAAGCGCCUGUUCUCCACAUUGUGGAAAAGGAUAUCGGCACGUGUAUUACAAGUGCAUAAAACUAGGGAAGAAUAACCAAACGAAUAUACAGGACGUGCACACUCAGCACUGUAACGUGCUGCCGAAGCCUCCUAGUACGGAAAUUUGCUACACUUCGUGCAAUUCUACCAGAUGGGAUUAUUCCAAUUGGUCGGAAUGUUCCCAAACUUGCGGAGGAGGGACUCAAACGCGAUCGGCAAAGUGUGUGGAUGAAAACAACAUGCCCAUCGAUGAUGCCCAUUGUAGCAGCUCCGAGAAAAUUGUGAAGCAAAUCUGCAACAUCGAAGAAUGUCCCGAUUGGAUUGUUGGAGAAACAUCUGCGUGUUCAGUACCGUGCGGUGGUGGUUACCAAAACACGACGUACUAUUGCGUACUAACUGGUCGCAUCUACGACGCAAUGGCUUGCGAUCAAAGAACAAAACCUCCAAGUUCCAAAAAAUGCAACGAACAUGCUUGUGGCCGAUGGGCAGCCAGCGACAGUUUCCAUCGUUGCUCAGUCACAUGUGGAGAAGGCGUGGAGAGAAGAAGAUUUGUCUGCAAGAAGUUUGAUACUGAAGAAAUCCUGGAUCAAGAGUACUGUCGCGGCAUUCGGCUGCCCAGAGAAGAAACCCGAAAGUGCUUCAAAGAGUGCGAUAGAAUGGUUCCCUAUCCGACAUACGAUAAGCAACGAUACAUUGUAAAUGAGAACAGCGUCUAUGAUCGUUACGAUAGAUACAAGGUGUUCCAGUGGGUGGCUGGCAAUUGGAGCGAGUGUUCGCAAACAUGCGAUGGUGGGACGAGCACGCAAACGUUCCACUGUCGGAACGAUCUCGGAGAAGAAAACCACUUGAUGUGUGAUCGGUACCAGAAGCCGCAAAACGUUAUCCGAUGCAACAACCAUCCAUGCCCGAAGUGGAAGGUGGGCGAUUGGAGUCCGAACUGUGACUCGCAAUGCGAAAGACAUCGACAAGUCCGCUGUAUGGACGAUAAAAUGGCAACUUUCAGCGAUAACCAAUGCGAAAUGAAACACCGACCACAAGACUCCUUAAAGUGUCCCUUAGUUGAAUGUCCUGAUGCUGCGAGCAGCAUAAGCAGGAACUAUUUCGAUCCGAAGGAAAAUGACGAGAACAGAUUCAGAUGGAAGGUUGGAGCGUGGAAGCAGUGCUCCACCAAUUGCGGAAAAGGCACCCGUAAGCGCAUUAUUGAGUGUGAGGAUACACUCAAUAAUUCCCCAGUGGUCGAUUCAAUUUGCAGACAUAAGCAAAGACCCAAAAACUCAAAACCGUGCGAACGGUACCAGUGCAAGUUCACGUGGAUCGAAGGACCAUGGGAUACAUGUUCAGCUACUUGCGGGCAUGGAACCAAAACUCGAAAUGUUACCUGCCACAAAGUGCAUUUGGGAGGCGUUGUGGAUCCGAUUCCUUUGGCCGAAAGCCAACAUCGGAUGAUGCACAAAAGCUACUGCGACAUGUACACUAGACCAUCCAGCAGCAGUAAAUGCCUGUUGAGCCACUGCGGAGAUGAAUAUAUGUGGCAAGCUGCCGAAUGGAAGCCUUGCACUCAUGCCUGCGGACGAAAAGGACGGCAAUUUAGAGUGCUGAAUUGCAUCAGCGUGCGUACCAAACAAAAAGUACCGCGCCACUUCUGCCCGAAGAGCUUGCGGCCGAUAAAGAAGCGAAAGUGCAACCAGUGGCGAUGCUUGUAUAAGAGCUGUAAAGAAAUCAAGGACUACAUGCGCACAAAGGAAAACAGAGAUUAUCUAAUUACGCUGCACGGUAGAACUGUUAGUGUGUACUGUUACAAGAUGGACACUGCGGAUCCUCAAGAAUACAUCAGCUUACACGCUGACAAGGAGAACUAUGCUGAAAUUAAUAACCGAAGGUUAAUGAAUUUAACAACGUGUCCUUAUGGUGAAGAGAAUCAGGAAAACUGCCCGUGCAACUUGAGGAGUCCGCAAAAGUCUGGAGUCACUCGCUUUUGGAAAGUGCGACUGAAUACAACAUCCCUGGAAAUUAUAGGAGAUGAUUUUACUUUUUCUACCCAAGUGAAUGGCACCCGAAUUGCGUAUGGUACAUCUGGAGAUUGUUACAGUCGCUACCCAAAUGGGUGCCCGCAAGGACGAUUUUCCGUCGAUCUAACCCAUACAUCGUUCAAGAUUGCCAAUUAUGUGAGAUGGAAGAACACUGGACGAUAUCCGUCCAGUCAAAUUUAUCGGCCGUCGAGCACAUUAAUUCAGGGGAUUUGCGGUGGCUUCUGCGGCGAAUGCGUGCCAGAUCCUCAAUAUGGAGGCCUCAAAGUGGAAAUAACUUAGCUAGCAAUCGCUAGCAGUGAGAAAUGGUAAAACCAACUCGAAGGACGGUGAAAUGAUUAAUUAGAAGCACCAAAAAGAGUGAGAGAAAAAGUAUUAUAGCCAUGUGAGGUUACAUAAAGGCAGGCCGUUUAUGUAUUUAAUAUUUCUAUCAAUUUGGAGAAGUUUUACAAGAAAAAAUGGGAUUUAUCAGUGCAGCAAAAUCACCAUUAGUGAGUGGAUUGAUUUGAGUGUGGAGGAUUUGUAUCUAAACGGGCCUUAAGUUGGAUUUGUAAAGUUUGUAAAUCGGUUUUUUAGCUGGAAUUUUUAAACGCUAGUAUGGCAGCUUCAAAUGAUAUGAAGAUGGUCUAAUGAAGAAAAAAAAGUUGUGAAAUGUUGACUCGCUUUAACGGAUUUAAUUGUUUUUACUGAAAUAAAUUAAAACUACAAUGCAUUUUGUAUAAAAAAGAUUGAGAUAAAUAAUAGAUAAAAAAACAAAUACAAAAAUAAAUCCAGCUUUUGGUUGUCACUCCUCCGUUUCAAAUCUGUCUGUAGUAACUGCCUAAAAUAUUAAUCCUAAAAUUUAUUCGUAGCGAUUUUACCAUGCAUUUAUUUUUUAAUUAAACGUUCUUUAAUAGGCGAAAAGGUGAUAUCUUCAUUGGAGGCAUUGCACAGAUUAUUAAUAUGAAGACAGAUUUAAUUUUAGUGUAAUAGUAGAGUCACACUAAGGCAAGCAAUAUUUGCAGAAAAUACUCAAGUGGAACAAGGAACAAAAAAUCCUAAUUCAUGCAUUGGAAAGGAAAGAAGCACUACAGAUUAGCUUCUUGUGCUCCUUUUCUAUCUAAUAAUGCUUACAGAGUGUCCCUUCUGUACACCUUUAAAAAGAAAAUAGCAUAUAUUUUCCUUCCAUACACCCUGUAUAAGCUUGCCUGGAGCCUUAGUUCAAGUGCCUUUACCUUACCCAAUUAAAUUUAAAGCCAUAAUAGCUGGAAAAUUAAUUUGUAAAACACUUUUUCCAGAUUUAAAUUGGAUAGAUGUAGCGGAGAUGCCUUAUGUUUAAGUAUGUCCACAAUGGUAUUAUAUUGUUUAAACUGCCAAAACAAUUAAUGUACAAAUCCGUAUUGCUCUGCACCUCAUAUUGAGGUGAUACUUAAUUUAGCUGAAAUUGUAUGUAUAAUAAUAAAAUAUUUUAAGUGUUAAUUUAUAUAACCAAUGUUCGAGUACAGGGCGAUUGUGUUGAAAGCUGACACAGAAAAUCGGCAUUCUGCAACACCCUGUAUAUAAAGAACAUUAUUUCUGCCAUGACAAAAUGUCUCGAUUAUAUAGAUUUUUUUGUUGUUGCCAUACUUAUUUAUUUUUAACCGCGUAUGGUUCAUGAUGUCCGUAAUAGUUGGACUAGGCUUGGACUUAAUCGAGUAAAACCACAGUAAAAAAAUACAUGUAAUAAACAUACCAAAGGAAUUGAAAAUGUCCAAUACAUACACUAUCAUGAACUAAACGUGUUUUUUUCUUUUUAGUUAAUUGCGACUUCAAUAUCGACAUUGUUAAAAGGGGCUACUUAUUUAAGAUACAACGAAGAACGUUGAUAUAUUGCUAAUGAAUGGUCCCUUUAAUCAAUCGUAUACUAAUUUAAAGUGUAAUUCAGCCAUACUGCCACGUGUACAUAAUUGUAAAAUAUUUAUUUUAUUUUUAAGAAUAUAAAACACAAUUUUUCGACUGGUAAAUUUGAAACUAUAAUUGAAAAAAAUCGGCUUUUCAGUUGCCAAAUAUGUUUCGUUUUUUUCUUUUGCAAGUAAAUAUGGCAGCUUUUUAUUCGCAUUUGUUAUUACUAUUGUAAAGACUGUUAAACUACUAAAAAUGCUAAUAUAUAUCAAACAAGAAUUAA